GACCUGCAGUGCCCCUUCCUUGAUGGUCUGUAUAUCACAGAGCCGAGGACCAUCCUGGAGCUGCUGUGUAGCCCCUCGAAGUACCGCUUAGAGAUCCUGGAGUGGUUGUGCAUCCGGGUCUGCCCAUCCUUGCAGGACAAGUUCAGCUCGCUGAAGGGAGCUCCAGUGGAGGUCAAGAUCGAAGAGAUGACAGCUCUAGGCCACGAGCUGAUGCUGUGUGGGCCAGAUGACCAGGAGAUCCUGAAGGGCCGUGCCGACCCCCUGCGGCAGCUGCACUUCCUGGACGAGUUGCUGGAUGUGGUCCAGAGCCUGACGGUUGGAUGCGCUGGUUGCCCCAGCUCGAAGGAGUACUUUGAGGACACGAGGGAGAAGCAUGAAGCAUUGCUGGGGGAGCUCUUCUCCAGCCCCCACCUGCGGGAGCUCCUGAACCCCGAGUGUGACCCGUGGCCACUGGACAUGCAGGCCCUGCUCAGCAAGCAGAGUGACGACUGGCCCAGGGCUGGUCCCUCUACGGAGUUCGAGGAGGAACAGGUGGCGGGGCUGACCAGGCAGCUGGAAGAGACCAUCUCCACAUUGCAGGCUCUCAGGGCAGAGUGCUUUGUGCAGCACAAGCAAGGGGCCGCCACGGGUGGGCCCGACCCCAGCACCCUGGACCAGAAACUGCGCCUAGUCCUCUCCGACUUCCACCAGCUCAUCUGGGCUUUUCUCCAAGUCUACGAUGACGAGCUGGGCGAGUGCUGCCAGCGCCCGCGCCC